ACAAUAUUGAUGGCGGCCACAUGCGUGUCGGAACAGUGGCAUUGCGGUUGUGAAUUAAAUUAAAUUUAAACCUGCAGCUACACAAAACUCCAGAGAAUGAAGGACACUCCUCUGUCCAACUGUGAGCGGGAUUUCCUGCUUAAAGCCAUCGAGGAGAAGAAGCGCCUGGAUGGACGGCAGACCUAUGACUACAGAAAGAUAAAGAUCACGUUUGGCACGGACUAUGGAUGCUGCUUUGUGGAUCUGGGGAAAACCAGGGUCAUGGCUCAGGUGUCCUGUGAGCUGGUGGCUCCUAAAGAGAAUCGACCAAAUGAGGGAAUCAUGUUCUUCAACAUCGAGCUGUCACCCAUGGCCUCACCAGCAUUCGAACAGGGCAGACAGUCUGAGUUGUCAGUGAAGCUAAACAGACAGCUGGAGAGAUGCUUGAGGAACUCCAAGUGCAUAGAUACAGAGUCCCUGUGUGUGGUGUCGGGAGAAAAGGUGUGGCAGAUCAGAGUUGAUGUUCACAUGUUGAAUCACGAUGGGAACCUGAUGGAUGCCGCCAGCAUUGCCGCUAUCGCCGCUCUGUGCCACUUCAGACGCCCUGACGUCGGCAUCCAGGGAGAUGAAGUCACAGUGUACAGUCCAGAGGAGAGAGACCCCAUUCCUCUCAGUAUCUACCACAUGCCCAUCUGUGUCAGCUUCUCCUUCUUCCAGCAAGGAACAUAUUUGCUGGUGGACCCCUGUGAGCGGGAGGAGCGGGUGAUGGACGGCUUGCUCAUGAUCGCCAUGAACAAACACAGAGAAAUCUGCUCCAUCCAGUCCAGCGGAGGUAUCAUGCUGCUCAAGGACCAGGUUAUGAGAUGCAGUAAAAUUGCCAGUGUCAAAGUGUCUGAAAUCACAGAACUCAUCAGCAAAGCCCUGGAAAAUGACAAGAAAGCCAGGAAGGCAGGCGGUAAGUGUGGUUUUGCAGAGUCUAUUCCUCAGGAGCGAAUCACAGCUCUGAAAAUAGAUGAAACUCCGGUGGAGACGAUGGAUGUGACAGAAAAAGCUAAUGACAUCGUUCAGAAAACCGAGGCCACGCCUCAGACGGUACCAUCCCCAGUGGUGCCCGCCCCAGGUGUGGGUCAGGUGGGACAGGGGCUGCAGAACACCUGGGGCCUGGAGGAGGAGGAGGCAGAGGAAGAGGAGGAAAAUAACAACAGUGGUGAAGAACAAGAGGAAAAAGUAACACAAAUGACAAAAAAUGAAAAGGAAGAGAGAAGAGGAGGAGAUGUGGUUGAAAUAUCUGACAGUGAAGAGGAGGAAGUGGUCAUACUUCAUCCAGAGACACCAGGCAAAGCUCCUCAAAAUACAAGCUCCAGUUCACACCAGAAGGGGGCAGCAACGACCAAGAGAAGACAGAAAAAAUGAAAUAUUUGUGCUCACUGCAGCCUGCAGAUAUCUGUCCGUGUACAGCAGAGCAAGACCCUGCAGCAGCUCCUCAUGAUAAAGACUGUCCUUGUUUAAAAUGGUUCCUGUCUGUUGCAACAGAGAAUUGGAAUCAAAUAAAUAUUACAGUACAGAAACACCCUAAAGUGUUGGAUUCCUAACAUGAGAACAAAGUUUACCUCUGCUGGGAGCCUUUUGAUGGCUUCCAAAGCAGAUUUUGCCUAUAAAUGUAGAGAGCAUGAUUUGUUAGAGUCUAUUUUAACGAUGGAAAAUGUAAAAUGAUGAUGAAAAAACAUUCUCAGUCACAGUUUGGUGUUUAGCAGACCUUAACACAUCACUUAUGUUUGCAAAGUGGUAUAUUUUGUAAUAAAUGGUCUGUGGGGCUGAUGUGAAUCAACAUUAAAAGAAAAAUAAAUAAUUGUUUUUUCUAA